AAGCCUCGGUUUGCCCAUCCCUAGUAAUACCUACUUUCACUUUUACUUCGACGUUUGGUUGACCAACUUUCGUUUCUGACACCUAUGCUGUGAAUUGGCUGUAUUCUAGGCAACAAAAUAUAAUUAAUUAUUUGGUAAAUUUUUACAGCAUCUUCACUUCAGAACGUCUCGUACCUGCAGGAUUCCAUAUUCCAUUCCGAACGUUUCUGUGUUUCAUCAUGAGUGCAGUCACCUCCAGACUAUCCGAGGACCAGGAGAAGCAGCUGUUGUCUCUGUUUGGCCAGGCCAGGAUCUGUCUGCUCUACAAAGCCAGUGUCCAUGACUACACUGCUGUUGACUUCCACGCUCGUUGUGAUCGCCAGGGACCCACCAUAACUGUGGCCUACAACCAAUCUGGGUUCAUAUUUGGGGCAUAUGUCUCCAAGGAUUACACUAAAACUACCCAAGACAUCAACGAUGAUAAAGCAUUUCUCUUCAGCAUCCACAAUGAGAGAGAGAAGCCAGUGAGGGUGUCAAGCACCAACGGCCUGUAUGGUUUUACCAACGGAGACACAGGUCCUAAUUAUGGUGCCUUGGUGUUUCUGUAUGAUAAUGCAGCUAAAGCCCAAUCUCAACCAGGAACCCAAUACAACUUUGAUCCUGCACUGAUGCAUGGGAAUGACCUUGAGCUGGCCGAGUUUGAGGUAUACAGAGUAGAAGACUGUGGAGGCUUCCUGGAGAAACCUUGGAGAGAAAUACACUGGAACAGUGAGGGGAAAUAUAAGGAGCUAAAGGAGUAUGUGCAGAGUUCCAGACCUCUCAUCAACUCUGUGGAGAAGGCCAGGAUUCUGCUGGUGGGGCAGGUCGGAUCUGGCAAGUCCAGCUUCUUCAACUCCAUCAACUCCGUCUUCAGAGGAAAUGUGACUGGCCAAGCAAUCACUGGCAUUGCAGGCACCAGUCUGUCCACCCAGUUCCGUACAUACAACAUCAAGGCUGGCAGAGGGGGAAAGCCUCUCCCUGUGGUGCUGUGUGACAGCAUGGGAUUGGAGGAGGGGGUGAAUGCUGGCCUGGAUGUAGAUGACAUUCCCACCAUUCUGAAUGGCAAUGUCCCGGACAGGUACCAGUUCAACCCCAUGGUCCCUCUGCAGUCAGACGACUCUGCAUUCUAUAAGUCCCCGGAACUGAAGGACCGGAUCCAUUGUGUGGUUUACAUCAUGGACGCCUGCAAAGUGAAACUGCUCUCCCCCAAGUUGUUGGAGAAAUUAACUGCAAUCCGCAAGAAAGUUAAUCAUAUUGGUGUGCCACAGCUGGUGCUCCUAACCAAGGUGGAUGAGGCUUGCCCCUUGGUGAACAAUGACCUGACCAAAGUCUAUUACAGCCAUUACAUAAGAAAAAUAAUGUCUGAGGUCAGUGUAUGUCUGGGUGUGCCCGAAGCCUCUGUUCUCCCAGUGAAGAACUACAGUCGGGAAGUGGAUCUGGACCUGAACAUGAACAUCCUGCUGCUGAGUGCUUUGGUCCACAUGAUGCGCUUCACAGACAACUACUUUGAUGAUGUGUCUGAGGAGGGUCUGGAGAAGGGGGACUAGGAAGCCAUAUAGCCAUAAUAACCAGCCAGUUGAGACCGUAGCCAACAGCACAAUGAUCAAUUUACUUGCACACAUAGAGCAACUCUAGUUAGCAGUGCAACUCACUCUUGUUUUGUUUUUUUUUAUCUCAAAUGUAUGUUUAGUUCAUGCACUGUAACUGUUUAUAUUAAUUGUCAUGAGGGACAAUUGAGUGAGCUAAUCCUAUAUUUUUGGUAGAAAAUAUUUUAGUUGGUUAUGGUAAAACAACCAUAUCAUUCCGCUCAUCUGUCUGUCUGUUUCAUUGCCUUUGUUUACAUAAUGCUCUUUGGUGGAUUGUUUGAAUAAAUUAAUAUUCAUGUUUAAAAAUAAUACGCAUUUUGCAAGUCAUCAUCUGAAAUAUGUAAUGUUAAAUUUAAUUUUGUGUUUUUGUCCACACAAGACAUUUCCCAAUAUAAAAUAUGCUCACAAACA